AGUUGGUGCAAAUUUUAUGGGCUCAGCCCAACCUACAGGGUAGGCCCAUUAUUCCAAGUCGGUUCCAAGAGCGGUCUACUCAACACAGUUUCGUUCAGUUUUUAACAAAACGUAUUGCAAUUUACUGAUAUCACCGAACGUUAUCGUCGGGCUCAGAAAAUUGAUCGUGAAAUCGGCGAAUAAAGAUGCCGAAAAAAAUGGGAGUGAAUAGUAAAGCCGAAGCAUCUAGGGCUCGGAAAAGCGCCGCCGAAUCGGAGCGCAAAGACCGUGAAUCUCGUGAAAAAGAAGACCAGUAUUGGCGCGAGGCUGAAGGAGCCAAGCCACGUGCUGCUAAGAAACGCGAAGAAGAAGCCGAGAAGAGAGCCGAGGCCGCAGCGAAGAAAGCCGAGGCGCGUCGCCUUGCCGAGCUGGAGGAGAAGGAGCUGGAGAAGUCGCUGAAGAAGCCGGAUAAGAAAGCAAAUCGUGUUGGCGUUCCGGUACCAAAGGUGACUGAGGCGGAACUAAGGCAGAGGAAGGAGGCGGAGCAGGCAGCUUUAGCGAAGAAGGCGGAGGAGGACAAAAGGAGGCAGAGCCGUAUGGCUGCAGAGGAGGAGUAUGAAAAAAUGGUGCUUGUAACCAAUAGGAAUCGUGAUGAUUCAAUUAUAGAGGCUAGUACUGUGGAUGAUGCCAUUGCUCACUUGGCUAUUUCAGAUAGUUUGCCGCCGGAUAGGCAUCCUGAGAAGAGACUCAGGGCAGCCUUUAAGGCUUUUGAGGAGGCUGAGCUUCGUACUCUGAAGGAGGAGAAACCAGGUCUGACGCACACUCAGUACAAAGACUUGAUUUGGAAGCUAUGGAAGAAAUCUCCGGAUAAUCCUCUUAACCAGAUUGCAGAUAAAUCAUAGGUGCACUUUUUGCAAUAGUCCUAUCGGCUGAGAAAGGUGUUGCUGCGCUGGGGAUAUGCUGAUGGUACAUAGCGUGACCUGUUUGGUGUCGACAGUCUUCUGCCAAAGAUGUUUUGGGGUGUGCUUUUAGCAUGUUGCUUCUGGUUUUAAGUGUAAUGCUUCCUAAUUAGAUACUAUACCCCUCUGUAUUAUUACUAAACGUGAAUAUCUGCACCGCUGUGCUCCUCUGAUGGUUCUUCUUUUGUUUAACAGUAAAUAACGUACUUAAAUAAGUCCUCGGUAUUUGACCGUGAAUAAUCCAAUUACUUUCUGAUGCUUUUCAGUAGCCAAAAGAUUGAAUGGGAGGAAUGUAAUCAAAUGUAUGAAGGGAAAAAAUUCCAAGGCAUCAGAUAAUAUCUUGUUUAGUAGCUUGAAUUCUUCAAUUCUACGAUUAUAUUUCUGUU